AUGGCCAAAAAAGUGGAAUUAGAGGUACUAAUUCAUGAUGAAAAAGAGAGGCAAAAGGCAAUGAAGACAGUUUCUAAACUUUAUGGGAUUGAGUGUCUUGCUAUAGACAUGGAGAAGAAAAAGCUAACAGUAAAGGGAGACGCUGACCCAGUUUUAAUAGCAAAGAAAUUGAGGAAAUUCUUUCACACAGAGGUACUGACUGUGGGCCCAGCUAAAGAGCCUGCAAAGGAAAAUGAAAAGAGCCCAGCUAAAGAGCCUGAAAAGAAAAGUGGAUCUGAUGGUCUGAAAAAUGAUGAGGCCCAAAUGUACUAUCCAGCCUAUCCUUAUCCUCAAUUCAUGCAGUACCAUCAUUUCCACUACCCAGAGGAGAGCCCAAUGAAGUUAUCAAAAAGAAUCUAUAAAGUGGAACUAAAGGUUCUAAUUCAUGAUGAGAAACAGAAGCAAAAGGCAAUGAAGACAGUUUCUAGCCUUUAUGGGAUUGAGUUUCUUGCUAUAGACAUGAAGGAGAAAAAGCUAACAGUAAAGGGGGAUGUUGACCCAGUUUGUAUAGUAGCCAAAUUGAGGAGAUUUUUUCACACAGAGCUGCUGACUAUGGGCCCAGCUAAAGAGCCUGCUAAGGAAAAGGAAAAAGAAGAGAAAAGUGGAGAUGAUGGUCUGAAAAAUGAUGGGGCCAAAGAAAGUGAAAUAAUUGAUGAGCUCCUCAAGCUGCAAAAGUACUAUCCUCAAAGCGUGCAGUACCAUCAUGUUUACUGCACAGAGGAGAACCCAGUGAAGUUGUCAAAAGAAUCUAUCAAAAGAAGAAUUCGAGCUUUAGGGGCCCGGCAAAAAGUCAUGUAUGAUUUACUUCCUCACAAGGAGAACAGUCGUAUGUGCAGCAAUACUUCUGUUUUCGCCAAGACUAUCAACUUUUUCUUGUGUUUUCGCCUUGAGAUUCACAACUGA